CACUGACUGGCACUGAUAGGCGGCACUGAUUGGCAGCACUGAUAGGUGGGGCUGACUGGCAUUGAUAGGUGGCACUGCAAGCCAGCUCAGAUGGGCACUGAUAUGUGGCAUUGAUGUGCACUGGUAGGCACUGAAGGGCACUGGCAGGUGGCAUGAAUGAGCACUGACAGCUGGCACUGAUGGACACUGACAGGUGGCACUGCUGGGGCUACACAGAUCAUCAGGGAACACUGAUCAUCAGUGCUCUGAUGAUCACUGUCAGCGUGACAGCUCGUGAGGAGAGAAAUGCCGAUAAACAGCAUUUCCCUGUUUACAUGUGAUUGGACACAGCUGAUCA